AUGACAGAGCAAGACAACUCUUAUCGCCCACGUUCUCCCGACCUUUCCACCUUCCAGCCCACGAUCCCCUCCCCCGUCUACCAAUUCGCAAGUCCGGUCGCCCAUCGCGCAUCCUACGACGCUUCGCCCUUCUUCACCCCGCACUACCAACACCCGUCCGUCGCCUCCGCCAGGACUUCCCAACCAUACAUCCCCCCGUACCUCGACCACAGUUUCGACUCCGAUAUGGCUCGUCGGUCCUCCCGUUUGGCGCGCGCCGUUGAAGUUGCGCCUGCGCCUAAAUAUGAAGAGCCGCAGUACGACGAGCCAGUCUUUGAGGAGCCAGUCUACCACGAGCCCGCUAUGCCCGAACGGUCUCCGGAGCCUGUAGAGCCCCCUAAACUGGAUCCGGCCGCUGGGAUUGAGGUCAAGACCAAGUUUCCUGUAGCACGCAUCAAGCGUAUCAUGCAGGCGGAUGAAGAUGUCGGCAAGGUUGCGCAAGUGACUCCUAUUGCUGUCUCCAAAGCACUUGAACUCUUCAUGAUCUCACUCGUCACGAAAGCCGCGAAAGAAGCCAAAGACCGAAAUUCCAAACGCGUAACCGCGUCUCACCUCAAGCAAGCGGUUGCGAAAGACGAAGUGUUGGAUUUCCUAGCAGACAUCAUCGCCAAGGUCCCUGAUCAACCGGCGGGGCGCAAGCAUGAGGAUGAUGGCAGUGAUCAGAACGAGCAACCAAAACGGAAGCGUGGUGGUCGUCGGCCAAAGGAUGAUAGUGAUUAG